CAAUUCGCUGCUCAUUCAUUUCAAAAAGAUAUCAGUGACAGCCUUUUUGAGGACGGCUUAUCAAUAGCACAAGCAGCACUACCUCCCGAGAGAAAAGAGAUCCAAGUGCCAACCACAACCACUGAUAGUCCGGCAUUUCUGUUAAGUCGUGACGACGAUUCGCUGACGAUCGGUAUGAAGCACAACACCCCAACCGGUGCUGGCAAUUCUCUGUUUAAACUCAAACGCUUUGGACCACAUCCAGCACGACCCGAUGCUUCGGAGCCGGUGAGCACUUCGUUCAAGCUGGGCGAUCCGGGCGCCAUCCAGCAAAUGUUUCAAUUUUUCGGACUCUGUAAAGGACACGAAUUGUGA